AUGGAAUUAAAUUUAAUGAAAAAUACUACUUCAUCAAAUAAUUCUACGUUGGAUGAAGGAAUUAUUCUACCAUCUGUUAUGGCAAUACGAAAUUUAACAGAAUUAGUAGCAGUAGCAGAUACGACUAAUGCAAUGAAGAUGGCAAUUAUUGGAGCGCUUUUAGUUGUACUCAUUUUGGGAUGUAUCAUUGGAAAUUUAUUUGUUAUUGUUGCAAUUCUAACUGAACGUGAUCUCAAAGCUCGACCACAAUAUUAUCUUAUAUUUUCGCUUGCUAUUGCUGAUUUAUUAGUAGGUGUAAUAGUGACACCAUUAGGUGCUUGGUCAACAGUAACACGUGCGUGGACAUUUGGCGUAGAAUUAUGUGACUUUUGGAUUAGCAUUGAUGUAUUAGUAUGUACAAGCUCAAUUCUUCAUUUAGUUGCAAUAGCAUUAGAUCGUUAUUGGAGUGUUACGGAUGUUUCAUAUGUACAAAAUCGUACACCACAUCGUAUAUUCGGCAUGUUAGGGAUUAUUUGGCUCUUAUCAUUACUUAUUUCAUUAGCGCCAAUAUUUGGUUGGAAAGAUAAUGAUUUUUAUCGACGGGUAAUAGAGCAACAUGUAUGCCUUAUUAGUCAACAAAUAAGUUAUCAGAUAUUUAGCACAGCAACUGCAUUUUACAUUCCAUUAUGUGCUAUCAUAUCUAUUUAUUAUAAAAUUAUGCUUACGGCAAAAAGUCGUUUCAAACGUGAACGUGAACGUCGUAAAACUAUUAAUUAUUCACAACGUGAUACCAAAAUUCAAGAGCAAUGUGGAAAUCUUUUAAAGUCAAGAACAGAAACAAAUGCAAAUUUGAGCAAAGGAAAUGAAAUGAUUCAAGUUAGUACUACUAAUCAAACAUUUCAAGGAGAACAUCAAUGUGAUUCAAUUGAAACACCACUACAAUCAACAAAUGAUAAAAAUCAACAGAAAAAAAUGAAUGCUUCUAUGAGGAAAAGGAAAGGAUGUUUUAAAGAGAAUGCAGAAAUGAAACGUGAACGUAGAGCAUGGCGUACGCUUGCUAUUAUUACGGGAACAUUUGUAGCCUGUUGGACACCAUUUUUUCUAGUAUCACUUUAUCGACCAAUAUGUCGAUGUGAAAUACCAAUAUUAUUGGAAUCUAUUACCAAUUGGUUAGGUUAUUUGAAUUCAGCACUUAAUCCUAUCAUUUAUACUGUCUUUUCGAAUGAUUUUCGAACAGCUUUUAAACGUAUCCUUGCUCGAUUGCUAUUUCUCAAAAUGUCACGAUCAUAA